UUUCCUUCCCACGAAACCUCUGCUUUAACCGACACAACGUCACUCAAUAUCUUACUCUUUCACAAUGCACGCUACCAUGAGUCUCCGUAACGCUGCUCGCACUCCUCUCAUCCGGUUCCUGGGCAAACGCUCUGUGCCUAGUUUGUCUCCCCACCUCCCUUGUCAGGUCAGGAAUUUCAAUGAAUGUAUUGAUUGUCUAACGCGCAGCCUAAUAGAGUCCAUUGACCACACCCCUCGUCCUCACCCUGCCUCUCCUACUGGGGUCCUUCCCGAUUCCUUUGCCGCAUAUCGCUCUAAGGCCCAGCAGCACGGUCCCCUUGGUCGCGCCUCUUUCUCUCAGGGCAUAGGUCGUGCCCCCGGCGCUUCCCUGGGACCCAUCCAGCCCAAGCAGGGUGAAUUUUUCGACCGUGCUGAACUGCCCACCCGUUUCCACCGUCUGCCCUGGACCGAGGCUGAGAUCGAGGCCAUCGAAACUGGCGGUGCCAGCCUUUUUGCUUAGAUGCUGAAAAUAGUCCAAUGAGGAGAUGAUGCGACGAUAAAGGUCAUUUAACAUUGACCAGAUGCACGACAAUUGACGUCCUGUAGCGAUCAUAAAACGUGAGGUCCGCACCACAGCACCUGCGCACCUACUUCAGGAAGGACGAACAAGGACCCGUGAGGGUUUCCUGUCUUCCAUGCUUCACCUCAACUUGCACGUCACUCUAUUCAAAACCGGAAGCACCGUCGUAUGCUCUUGAUGGGUAGUCCUUUUGGCUCGUCCAAUCUAAUGC